AGACUCUUCUUAUGAUAAGACAAAAUUCUUGAUAAAUGAGAGAGAGGAAAGAGAAAAGGGAAGAAGGGGUUUGGUUUUCUUUUUCUUUUGAUUUGUAAUGUUGUGUUGUUUGCAUCAUUUUGCCAAUUCACAGUGAGUGAGAAAGAGCAAGAAAAUCUUGAGAGAAAAGGUAAGAAAGAAGGAAAAUCUUAAAACCCUUUGAAAAAAUAAUCAUGUUUGAUGGAGUUCCAGCUGACCAGUUGCACCAGUUCAUAACUACUUCAUCUACAAGGCCUUCUUCUCUUCCUCUUCCUCUCCCUUUUCCUUUUUCCUCUUCAUCUCUUCAACAUCACUAUCACCAUCAUGCCUCCAACACCGGUAUUUUCCCUACUUUUGAUCCUUACACUUCCACCCCUCUUCCUUCUCAACAAGUUCUACAGCUCCCCCACUAUCAUUUUUUGCACCCAUUGCACCACCACCAGCAAUACUCACCAGCCCAGAAACAUCAUCAAGAAAAACAAGACGACAAUAACAGCAACGGCAGCUUGGUGGCUAUGAAUUUCGAGAUUGAAAGGGAUAGAUCCAUAACGGAACCAGAUGAAAUUGAUGCAGCUUGGUCUAAUGAAGAAGUACUUGCACUGUUGAGGAUCAGAUCUAACUUUGAGAAUUGGUUCCCGGAAUUCACCUGGGAACAUGUAUCAAGGAAGCUUGAAGAGAUCGGGUACAAGAGGAGUGCAGAAAAGUGUAAGGCGAAAUUUGAAGAGGAGAGCAGAAGCUUCAACAGCAUUAAUAAUUACAACAAAAGCUAUAGAUUUUUGAGUGAAUUUGAAGAGGUUUAUAAUGGUCAUCAUCAAAACCAGGUGGUGGUUGCUCAAGAUAAUAACAAGAAGAUGGAGAAGCCACGAGAAGAAGAAGAAGAAGGAGAAAAAUACGACGAGAUGGAAGGUGAUAUGUUGGAUGAAGAUUCGAAGAAAGAGGAGAUAAGUGUGGGGCAUCCAAGUGAGGAUAAUGAGACAUUGGUGGAGAAAUCAAAAGGCAAGAAGAAGAGGAAAAGAAAGGAGUUUGAGAUGUUCAAAGGCUUUUGUGAAGACAUUGUAAAGAAGAUGAUGGCCCAACAAGAGGAGAUGAUGAAUAAGCUUCUUGAAGACAUGGUGAAGAGAGAUGAAGAGAAACUUGCCAGAGAAGAAGCUAGGAAGAAACAAGAGAUGGAUAGGAUUAAUAAGGAGCUUGAAAUUAGGGCUGAUGAACAAGUCAUUUCUGGUGAUAGACAAUCCACCAUAAUCAAAUUCUUAAAGGCCUUCACUUCUUCUGAAACUCUGUGCUUUGAUAAGGUACUCAACACUUUAAAUUCGUCCACUUCAUCUACACAAAACAAUCUAGAAAUGCCCACUUCAGCUAGCCAUCAAGUUUCAUCUUUUUCUCCAAACCAAAGCAGUCAAGUGACAUCCUCUUCAGUACCACCCGAGCCUUUAGCACCACAAGACCCCGGUUUAAAUCUAGCUGAGCCUUUAGCACCACAAGACCCCAGUUUAAAUCUGGCUCCAAUCCAAAACCCUAAUUCUCCCAAAGCCCGAGACAUGCAAAACCCACCAACAACUUUUUUCUCAAAACAAAUUGCCACUCAAAAUCAUGGAAGUACCAUUGACAAAGAAGACCUCGGCAAGAGAUGGCCAAGAGAUGAAGUGUUUGCACUGAUAAACCUAAGGUGCAGCCUCUACAACAAUGGAGAAGACAAAGAAGGAGCGGCGGCGGCGGCGGCAAAGACUCCAUUAUGGGAGAGAAUUUCACAAGGGAUGUCAGAGCUUGGAUACCAAAGAAGUGCAAAAAGGUGCAAAGAGAAAUGGGAGAACAUCAACAAGUACUUCAGGAAAACCAAGGAUAAAAACAGGAAGAGAUCACUUGACUCAAGAACAUGCCCUUAUUUUCAUCAACUAAGCAAUUUGUAUAAUAAAGGAACACUUGUAGCACCCUCCGAUGCCACAGAAAACUGCUCCACAGCCUUGCCGGAAAAUCACCAUCCUUCUUCUUCUCAAGGAGGUUCUAGUGCUGAUUCAAUUGUUCAUCAAGAUGAGAAAUUUUUGGUUCAAGCUGAGCCUCCUGCAGCUUUCGAUUUUGAUUUCUAAUUUGCAAAUUUUUGUGAUUAGACAGUAACUUUUAUUGUAAUUUAUCUUAUAUGGUUUGUAUGUUGGAGGACAUAUAAAUAUAUAUAGAUUUGUUUUGAA